UUGAGUUUCUGAGUGACACAAGUGACAGCUUUUUUCCCUUUUUUUAAAUUUGUAGUCGGUGGGUUCACAGCAGCUCGUGGAGAAUGGGAGGGUCUGUGUUCCUGCAGCUUCCUAACUUUAUUUUGCUGAAGUGGAAGCAGUGUGGAAGAGGUCGUUCGCUUCGAGUGUGUGGACGGACCGAGCGACGUGAUGCUGCUGAGAGCCAACAGGAGUCCCCUGCUGCUCACCGUCACCUGCAUGUGCUUCUCCGGAGCUCUGCUGUGGUCCUACCAGCAGGAGGAUGUCAGUGAAGGAGAGAAGUGCUCUGAAAAUAACAUCUCCACCACAAAGUACCCCUGCGUGAAGUCGACUGGAGAAGUCACAACGUGUUACAGAAAGCAAUGCUGCAAGGGCUUCAAGUUUGUGAUGGGCCACUGCAUUCCUGAAGACUAUGACGUAUGUGCUGGCGCCCCCUGUGAGCAGCAGUGCACUGACCAUUUUGGCCGAGUGGUGUGCACCUGUUAUCCUGGUUACCGUUAUGACCGUGAGAGCCACAGAAACCGACAGAAGCCUUAUUGUCUGGAUGUUGAUGAAUGUGCAGAUAAAAACACGAGUGCAUGCUCUCAGGUCUGCAUCAACACUGCAGGGGGCUUUAGGUGCGAGUGUGAGAAAGGCUAUUUCCUGGAAGAAGAUGGAAAAACAUGCACCAAGGGGGAGAGAGCAGUCCAUCUUUAUGAGAAGUGCGAUAAUUUAAUGGAUGCUGGAACUUGCUCAGCCACAUGUGAAGAUUUCCUUCAGAUCAAGAAGUCAGUCCUGCAGUUAAAGCAGAAGAUGGCCUUGCUGUCAAAUAGUGCUGAUGUUCCCGUGCAGAUGACAAAUGAGAAAAUCCUGACAUCACCUCUGUUUUUACCAGGGCCUCCAGGUUCUCCUGGACCUCCAGGAGAUCCAGGACCUGUGGGCCCUCGAGGACUGGUGGGACCCCCUGGUCCACCUGGUUCCAGGGGUUUGAUGGGACCUAUUGGACCCACACCAGACCUGUACCACAUCAAACGUGGCUCUCGUGGACCUGUGGGACCUCCAGGAGCAACAGGACGGAGUGGUCUGAAGGGGGACAGAGGAGCUCCUGGCCCAGUUGGACCACCAGGCCCCCCGGGCUCCUUCGACUUCCUGCUUCUGCUGAUGGCAGAUAUUCGCAACGAUAUUGCUGAACUGCAGAGCACGGUGUACGGCCGGCCAGUGCACUCUCCGGGGGACUUUCCUGACACCCCUGAUAGCUGGAGGGACACACAGGACAGUGGAGACUUAGGCUCAGGAGACGAAUAUAAAGACGCUCCCCCUCAAACAGGCAGAGGGUCCAGGAGGGGCAGGAAGAGGAAAUCAACACGGGACAGAACAAACUGAACGGACUCGACUGUGUGGAGGCUUAUGCUAAAUACUUUCUAUUAGGUGUAAAUAUUUGUUGUUUGCUUUUUAUUUAAUGAAUGCAUUUUUAUUACAAAUGCUCUAUUUUUGUAUGGUAUGCAAGAUUUAGUUUGUUUUUUAUCAAAAGUGAUUUCACCGUGCCAGUACAUGCAUUUUAAUCAUUUUUAAAAACAGUUCUCCUGAGUUCAUUAAACCAGUUUCUCAUUAGUCUUAUUUUUCCUAACUUUUUAAAAAAUAUCAAAGCAUUCACACAUGCAUAAAUUGAAGAGUUUUAUAAAGCAACACAACUGCUGCUGUGGAACUUAAUGUUGUGACUCAUUUCUCUGAUGUGAUCUGUGCCCAUUAAGCAUCAACAUCCUGAUAAAGAAAUAUUUACGUGGAAUUCAAUAAGAAGUUAUUCAUUUUAUUAGUUUGUCUAAAGAAAAGAAAAAUGUUAUGCUACCUAAUUUUUAGUUGUUACAUUAAUAAAAUGUUUAUUUUAAGAAA